AUGUCUCCUCCCAUCGCCACUGGAAAGUCUGAAUCAGGAACCGCUCGUUUCCUCGGUAGUGCCAGCUCUGGUGUCUUGGAACUUCUCAUUUUCCACCCUGUUGAUACCGUUGCCAAGCGUCUUAUGAGCAACCAGACCAGAGUUUUCGGUGGUGGUAAGACCUUUGCUGAAAGCCAAGCUGCCUUGAGCAAGAUUGUUUUCAAGGAUGCUGCCAACGAAGCCUUCAUGAAGAAGUAUGCUUCCCUUUUCCCUGGUCUUGGUUUCGCUGCCGGCUACAAGGUCGCUCAACGUGUGUACAAGUUUGGUGGUCAACCUUUCGUCAAGGAUUACCUUAACACCCAUCACAAGAGCACCUUCACCUCGCUCUUUGGUGAGAAGACUGGCAAGACCAUUAUGCAUGCUACUGCUGGCAGUUUGGUCGGUAUUGGUGAGAUCGCACUUUUGCCUUUGGAUGUUUUGAAGAUCAAGCGUCAAACCAACCCUGAAGCAUUCCGUGGUCGUGGUUUCUUGACUAUCAUCAAGGAUGAGGGCAUGGGCUUGUAUCGUGGUGCUGGCUGGACCGCUGCUCGUAACGCCCCUGGUUCUUUUGCUCUCUUUGGUGGUUCUGCUUUUGUCAAGGAAUAUCUCUUCCAUCUUAACGAUUACAACCAGGCCACUUUCUUCCAAAACUUCUGUGCCUCCAUUGGUGGUGCCGUUGCUUCCAUCACUGUCGCUGCUCCUCUUGAUGUUGUCAAGACCCGUAUCCAGAACCGUAACUUUGAUAACCCCGAGUCUGGUUUGAACAUUAUCAAGGAUCUUAUCAAGAAGGAAGGUUUUGGUGGUUUCUUCAAGGGCUUGACUCCCAAGAUUUUGGUGGUUGGCCCCAAGUUGAUCUUCAGCUUUACCGUGGCACAGCAGUUGAUCCCCUUCUUCGACAAGUCCCUCAAGAACUAG